CCUAAAAGCAAAAAAGGCUACCAUCUGUCAUGUACUCAACAUUAUGUCAACUGUCAAUUCAAUUGUCAAAUGCAUUUACACUUUACUAAAAAAUAAUUAUUCUGUGAUAAUUAUUUUUGAAAAAUUAGUUUAAUUUAAAAUAAAACAUCUACUUUUAUGGACUGUUAAUGUUAAAUAAACCGUACAAAUCACAUAACAAAAAACAAAAAGUCGAAAAUUGUCACCGAGUCUAAAAAAGUCAAAGGAGUCCGAUUGUUGACUUGAUGCACUUCCUGAAGUGAAGUGUUGCAUGAAUUCUGUGCAAAGAAUAUAUUAUUAUUUAUUAUUAUUAUUAGUAUUACUCUCUACGAGAUUCUCAGGCUAUACAAAGAGUUUCACUACUGGUGACAAAUUUAUUAAUAUUAACUGCCCAUAUGUGCCCUCCGACUUCCGAGUCGUUUAUGAGGUGUAGUAGAGCUGACUACAGUAAGCACUAAAAGCAGAGCAGUACCUAUCAGUUGAGGACUAUUGUAUUCGUGACGACAUAUCAAUAAUGCGGUGCUGCGUGCCUUUCUGCGAAAAUACUUCCGACAAUAUGUCAACAUCUGAGAGAACGGGAAUUACCUUUCAUGCAUUACCCAGUGAAGGCAAUCUCCGUACUGCUUGGCUCAGAGCCCUCGGCACACAAGACCAUCACCUGCCCGACCCUGCUGUGGUCUGCUCCCAGCACUUCCUAGAUGAUGACUUUUAUACAACAGAGAGUUGUGUGCGGCAGAUUCACUCUAAUGCAGUUCCUUCAAUAGUGCAGAUGUGCAUGAUAUGCCUGGACUCUGACAGCAAGCUGUCUCUAAUGAGUAAACACAAGUUGGAGGAGGCAUAUGAACAGCUGACUGGUCUGUCUUUGUUUCAGUUGUGUCGUCGAGGAAACCUGAAGCAAACGCUCUGUGUGAUGUGUGCUCAGAGAUUGAUCAACUUCAGCAGAUUUAGAGACUUGAGCUUGAGAGCCCAUUCACUGCUGACAGACUUCCGUGAACAAAAUAAAUUAAUUAAUAUACAACAUAAGGAACCUAUGAACCAUACUAUGAAACAUCUGCAGUGUAAGUUAACACAGACAACAUUAGCAGCAAACUACUGUGACUUGUACAUAGAUCACACCGAUGAGGAACGGACAGCAGCAGAGGAAUCUGUCAGAGAUGUAACAUUUGUGCUGAAGCGUGAAGACAGUUCUGACUCCAUGUCAAACUCUGAUAACUCAGAAUCGGUACACGAAGAUGACAAUUCCAGCAACGAGUGUGUAAAUAGAGAUGAAUUCUCUAACAUGAGCAUAAAGUUGGAACCGAUGCAAGAUGAUGAAGCUCUACAUGAGGCUCUUUGUUUAAAAGAAGAGGCUUCCUGCAUUUCAGAAGACGUGGUCGGAACAGAGAGUUACAUUUACAUAAAGAGUGAAAGUACAGUCUUCGGUUGUACGUUGUGCUAUGAAGACUUUGUGCAAGAAGAAGCAUACAAGGAACAUAUGAUCAUGCAUCUCCAGAACGAUGGCAGCAAUGCUGUAUGUCCUGCAUCACAGCCUCGUGCAGUUGUGAAGCAUAGCUGUGACUCACUCGUGCUGCAGAACAAAACAGGAAGUCAGAGGCUGAAUGAUGACCCUCCCCCGUCUGCAGACUGCGCUCAGGCUUUAGUGGCUCCACUGUCCGCGAGACUUGCGGCAAACAACGAUAACAAAGUGCAGGCAACUGAAGAAGCAGGUGCGAUCCAGAAAAGCGAACAAAUCCUUGAAACUAACAUCGACCAACUGGACAAGCGAUCAUCUCAGAGCGGCACCAAACCGUACACAGAUAUAAAUAGAUUCACAAAUUGUGUAGUCCAGUUAUACGACAUAUUCAAGAAACCCAAACAAGCUGUACCAGAUGAGAAACCACGCGUGAGAAUCCACACUGCUGCCAAGCCUUACUCUUGUGAUAUAUGUAAUUAUGAAACUGCAAAAAAAAGUUAUUUAUUAAAACACAAAAAAAUCCACACUGGUGAAAAGCCUUAUUCCUGUGAGUUGUGCAGUUAUAAAACUACAGGAAAAUAUAACUUGUCAAGACACAUAAGUACUCACACUGGUGAAAAGCCUUUCUCUUGUGAUAUAUGCAGUUAUAAAACUGCAGAAAAACGUCAUUUGUCAAGGCAUAAAAAAAUCCACACUGGUGAAAAGCCCUAUUCUUGUAGUAUAUGCAAUUAUAAAUGUGCACAUACAGAUAAUUUAUUGAAGCACAUGAGAAAGCACACUGGUGAACAGCCUUAUUCUUGUGAGACGUGCAAUUAUAAAACUGCAUUUAGAUGUCAUUUUGUAGCACAUAAAAAUAUCCACACAGGCGAAAAACCUUAUUCUUGUGACAUGUGCAAUUAUAAAUCUGCAGAAAAAGGUAAUUUAUUAAGACAUAAAAGAACUCACACUGGUGAAAAGCUUCGUGCAGUUAUAAAACUGGAAAAGUAAGUUAUUAAGACAUAUUAGCGAAACGCACAAUGGUGUAAAAUUAUAGAACUGCAAGAUAAUUAAUUUAUUAAUUAAUUUAUUAAGACACAAAAGAAGCCACACUGGUGAAAAGCCUUCAUCCUUUGUGAUGUGUAGUUAUAAAACUACAGAAUAGAGCAAGUUAUUAAUACACAAGAGAACCCACACUGUUGAAAAGGCUUUCUCGAAAGAACAGCGAAGUUGUGGAAAGCCUGGCUUGUGUUUCCUAAGGUGGAUUUACAAAACGGAGGUCCUGGGUUCUAUCCCUGGCUGGGUCGAUUAAAGUUUUCUUGAUUGAUCCAGGUCUGGCUGGUGGGAUUUUAAAUUGCAUCAUCACUUACCAUCAGGUGAGAUUGUGGUCAAGGGCUUAAUUGUAAAGAAUAAAAAAAACAUCAAUUUCUAUUUAAAUAAAAUUUAAUUGUUUUAGAAAAGGAAAUUA